AUGUCAUCGUUCGAAACGCUCCAAGAGCGGCUCACGACCCUCCAGGAGACGACCGGCCAGCUUAAGGAGCUCAUCGACCGUCUCGCCACCCUCAAAUUCGAGCCCGGUUCCGUUCCUCUCAGCAACAGCAUCAGCAGUCUCUCCAACGCCGGCGCCGAUGGAAACACCGACAAUGAGGCCGCCGAUUUGAGCGCCGAAAUUAGCCAGGUCUUGCGCGAGGAGGAGGAGGAUCUGGAGUUGCUGCAGGAGGAGAUCAUCGACUUGCGCUCCGGCCAUCCAGGGAGCGAGGCAGAACACAAGAAGACGAGGUUAAAGGAGGGCGCGCAACGCUUGGCUGUUGAGAUCAAGGGCUGCCGAACCUCCUUCCGCAAAGCCCAACUCGCCGCGCGCCGCAACCUCGAAACCGCCCAGCGCCUCGAGCGCCAACUCCUGCUAGCCUCCUACGUCGCCGUCGCCGCCAACCUCGCCGCUACAUCAUCAGACCGCGGAUCCGGCGCCUCAACACCCGCGCCUCAGCAGCCAACCUCGACCACCCCGCCCCCUCUCGCAACCUCCGCCGCCGCCGCCACUUCCUCAGAUGCCGCCCCCCCUCUCGACACCCGCCAAGCCCUCUUCGGCAACCGUCGGCGCAAAAACCACCAAACGACCGCGGCCCCCUCGCACGACUCGGAAGUCGUCUCCGCCUCCUCCACCGUGACCGACGCGCUCCGGCGCACGCACGCGCUGAUCGCCUCGGAAGUAGCCAAGUCGGCGUUCGCGUCGCAGACGCUUGCCGAGAGCACGGCCGCGUUGAAGGAGCUGCAGCGCAGCUACGAGGGGAUUGAUUCGCUCCUGACGCGCUCGCGGGACCUGGUAUCUACCCUGCUGCAGAGCCAGAAGAGCGAUACGUGGUACUUGCGGACGAGCCUGUACAUGUUGCUGUGCACGCUGGGGUGGCUGGUGUUUAGGAGGUGGUUGUAUGGACCGCUUUGGUGGGUUUUGUGGCUGCCGCUGAAGAUGGUUUGGAAGGGUGGACGGGCUGCGUACUCUGUGUCGACGCAUCAUGGUGCGGAAACUACAGCAGGGGCGAGGAUGGAGGUUUUGGUUGGGAAUGAUGGAAAGGGAGCAGGAAGGAGUGUGGUGGGGAUGGCGGAGGAGGGGGCUGUUCCUACUGUCCAGGUUGGAGUUGAGAAAGGGGAGAAGAGGGAUAAUGGUAAUGAUGUGGACGAACCGGAAUCGAUGGUUGAAAAGGUUGGAAGGAUUAUCGAGGAGAAUUUGCCGCCUUUGGAGGAUGAGAAGGAUGAUACGCAUCAGAUCGUGGUCGAAGAUCCGGACCUGGAACAAGGUUGGAUUGGUCAGGAGUAUAUCUUUACCGGGAAACAAGGAGAGAAGGGAGAACAGGAGGAGGAGGAGGAGGAGGAGGAGGAGGAGGAGGAAGUGGUACAACGAAAUCCCAAGAAGCGGAUGUGGGAAGAACCCGUGGCGAACCAACCGAUUAAGGAUGAGCUUUGA